GGCGGAGCUUGGAGGGGGCUUUAAGGGGCGGGCCGGCGAGCGGCCAGGGUCCUCCGGGGAUUAGCGCCGGGUGGGCGAGCGCGCUGUGCCGCCAUUUCUUGGCGUCCUCUGAGAAGCUGCCCCUUCCUUAUCCUCGCUUCGGGGUUUUCCUCUCUGGUUGCCGGUGCCCCGGGGGCCUCCUCGCCGUCGCACCGUCGUCCCCAGCCCAGAGAGACAAAAUGUUGAGCUUUCUCCGAAGAACUCUGGGGCGCCGCUCCAUGCGUAAACAUGCUGAGAAAGAACGACUCCGAGAGGCACAACGAGCUGCCACACACAUUCCUGCAGCUGGAGAUUCUAAGUCCAUAAUCACAUGUCGGGUGUCCCUUCUGGAUGGUACUGAUGUUAGUGUGGACUUGCCGAAAAAAGCCAAAGGACAAGAGCUGUUUGAUCAGAUUAUGUACCACCUGGACCUUAUUGAAAGUGACUAUUUUGGUCUGAGAUUUAUGGAUUCGGCACAAGUAGCACAUUGGUUGGAUGGUACAAAAAGCAUCAAAAAGCAAGUUAAAAUUGGUUCACCUUAUUGUCUACAUCUUCGAGUUAAAUUUUAUUCCUCAGAGCCAAACAAUCUUCGUGAAGAACUAACCCGGUAUUUAUUUGUUCUUCAGUUAAAACAAGAUAUUCUCAGUGGAAAAUUAGAAUGUCCCUUCGAUACAGCAGUGCAGUUGGCAGCUUAUAAUCUACAAGCUGAACUUGGUGACUUUGAUCUUGCUGAACAUAGUCCUGAACUUGUGUCUGAGUUCAGGUUUGUGCCCAUUCAGACUGAAGAGAUGGAACUAGCUAUUUUUGAAAAGUGGAAGGAAUACAGAGGUCAGACACCAGCACAAGCUGAAACCAAUUAUCUGAAUAAAGCCAAAUGGCUAGAAAUGUAUGGGGUUGAUAUGCAUGUAGUCAAGGCUAGAGAUGGGAAUGACUAUAGUUUAGGACUAACCCCAACAGGAGUCCUUGUUUUUGAAGGCGAGACCAAAAUUGGCUUAUUUUUUUGGCCCAAGAUAACCAGAUUGGAUUUUAAGAAGAAUAAAUUAACUCUAGUGGUGGUAGAAGAUGAUGAACUGGGCAAAGAGCAGGAGCAUACUUUUGUUUUUAGACUGGAGCAUCCAAAAGCAUGCAAACAUUUGUGGAAAUGUGCUGUGGAGCAUCAUGCCUUUUUCCGCCUCCGAGGCCCUGCCCAAAAGAGUUCUCAUCGCUCAGGAUUUAUUCGGCUAGGAUCACGAUUUAGAUACAGUGGGAAAACCGAGUAUCAGACUACGAAAACCAAUAAAGCAAGAAGAUCAACAUCCUUUGAAAGAAGACCCAGCAAACGAUAUUCUCGACGAACUCUACAAAUGAAAGCAAGUACACCAAAACCUGAAGAACUCAGUGUUCACAACAAUGUUUCAACCCAGAAUAAUGAGUCACAACAGGCUUGGGGUGUGAGAUCUGCUGUGCCUGUGAUUCCUUCCACAUCCUCUGGCCCUGUGCUGGUGGAAAUAGAGAAUCUUCCACGGAGUUCUGGAAUGGAUCAGCAUGACAGGAAAUGCUUUCCUCUGAAUAUUGAUUUACUACAUAACCCAGACUUACUGGAAACAAGCGUUAGUGAUAUAAUUGAGGCAGCAGACACCACAGAAACAUCCUCACCCCUGGAUGACAUUAACGCAGCCACCAGGCCGCCUGGCUUAGAGGAAGCUGAAGUUGAGUAUGGGAUGUUGAAAGAUGCAUCAGAGAAGCUCAAGCAGCUGGAGAUAGAGAACAGUCCUUUGCCAUCCCCGCGAUCCAAUGUUGAUGUUAACAUCAACAGCCAGGCAGAAGUGGUAAAGUUGACUGAGAAAUGUCUUAAUAAUACCAUUGAGAGCCCAGGAUUGAAUGCCACGAGAAUUCCUCCUGAUUUCAAGAGUAACAUUUUGAAGGCUCAAGUAGAGGCUGUGCAUAAGGUUACAAGAGAAGAUAGCUUAUUAAGUCAUAGAAGCACCAGUGUUCAAGAUGCUGCUACAAACAGUGCUGUAUUAAGUGAGAAUAAUGUGCCUGUCUCCAAAGAUUCUCUUCCUGUGACACAUAUCACACCUGUGGACAAGGAUGCUGUUCUAAAGGAUGCUACAGAUGAAUUGGAUGCCUUGCUCUUAUCUCUAACUGAGAAUCUAAUUGAUCACACAGUCACACCACAGGUGUCUUCAGCAUCCAUGAUCACACCCCGGUGGAUUAUCCCACAGAGCAGUGCCUUUUCUAAUGGACUUGCUGGCUGCGGAACGACUUUAGCAGAGAAGGAGGGAUGUGGUAGUAAAGAUGGACUCUCCCUGAUCUCUCCCCCGGCACCGUUCUUGGUAGAUGCUGUGACCAGUUCUGCACCAGCUCUGGCUGAAGACGCUGUCUUGAAGCAGAAGUGUUUACUGACUACUGAGCUCUAGGAGACUGCUCCUCCCAGCUGGUAACUGGAAUGCCCAGCACUCUGUAGCAGUCCGUCCUGGAAUCUGUUCCAGCUGGAAUGUGUUGAAUUCUGGAGUCUGUCCUUUGCAUUUGGUAAAAGAGCUCUACCUGCAUUUAACUUCAACUCCAUUUUAAAAGGCUACAUUUUCCGUCCAACUGGAAGAAUUUAAUCACCCUGUGUACUUUCCUAGAGGAAGGUAUCUGGUCUUUUACUUUCUAUAAUUCCGUUAGAGUUUGUAGUUCCUGAAUCAAGAGAUUACUUUCCCUGCACUUUCCUUCAAACUCUUGGCUCCACCUAGUGGUUGUAACUGUUUAGAACGACUUUAUAACCGGAUUGCCGCUGGCAGUCAUCACAACUGCUGUUUCCCUCUGUAGUAUAAGGGUAAGCAUUCUUGAUCUGAAUGCAUGUUAAAGAAGUUGUACUUUUCCAUGCAUUAAUUGUAAAUCAGGAAUUUAGAAAUUGGUGCACAUGCUACCUAGCUAGAUUUAGAGCCAGUUCUUCUUACAGUUAGUAUAAUACUAAAGAGAAGUUGAGAAUACAGAAGGUUUUUAAUGUCCCCCCUACUUUUGACUUCUUAUGAAGUGGCUAUCUUCCUGUGAAUUAGCCACAUAAACAUUGAGAACAACAGAUCGAUCAGUGUCCCAUCAUAUAAUUUUACAGCUUUGCUGUCCCACAGGAAGUAUUCCCAUGUACCACACUAACUUUGCAGCCUGACGGGGCAAAUUCCUAAUCAAGAGACCCUAGGCAUUGACCCCGGGCAUCCACCUACCCUCCUGAGCCAGGUGAGGUGUGCAGGCCAUUUUGGACUUCAGUAAUAAAGGCAGUACUCCACAUCGGUACCUGUGUGGACAUAGCUUCCAUUUCAUUUCUAUAUAAGCCCAAUACAUUGAGAGCUUUCAAACUGGAAAGAAAGAAGAAACAAAAACACCAAGACAGAGGUAGGGAACAGGGAUAAGGAUGACAGGAUUUUGUUUCUUAAAUGCCUACCAUGUGUGAAAUUCUGUGUCGCAUACUAAAAGACGUCACCCUGCAGUAGGGAUUUGGUUAGUUAAAAGACUUCUCAAGUUUUCCUCCGUCCCUUUUAGCCAGUACAAGAAUUUGUGGAUGUUAAAGCAAUACCUGUGCAUCACAGAAGAGUAUACAGAUAUCCACCUGUUAAUCCGAAAACUCACAAAUAACACUAAUGUAGCUUUCAAACUGUAGACUAAGAAGUAAGCCCCAGUUGCUAUGGGAAAAAACGAUCUGGAAACUAUGUUGGGAAAGUCAUCAGUCAUCAAGGACUGAGUUAAACUAUACCUCCUAGGAAUUGUUUUUUAAUUUUUCUGCCCUGAAAUGUGUAUAUGAUUGAGCAUUAAUUUGUACUACUCAGUAUAAAAGAGCAUCCAGUUAUGUGGUCUUUAAAAAUUUCAUGGUUUGAACUAUCUCGGGCUCCCUGUAGCAUACUUAUGUGUGGAGGGAACCACAGUAGGAUUAAACUGGAAACGCAGCAAUUUUAAUCUUGCACUGUUUCCCAGGGAGCUGUAUAGAUGGGAAAGCACUUUUCACAAAACAUUUUUGCUAAAGGAGAAAAAGUUGGCACUUCUUACUGGCUGCCUCCCCAUAGCCAUUAUGCUAAGCUUGUGAGUUCCAUUGGAUUGCUCUCGGCAGCCCUUGGUUAUACUGUAAAACACGCUUUCUUGCAGCUGUGGCACAUAGAACCUUGACCUGACCCAGGACGUGUUGAACUGGGCAUCAGUUUUUCAGUGCCUGACAACCCUGAGUGUCCUGAGGGGUCAGUGUUGUGUUCCUAACCGCAGAGCAGCUAAAGGCAUUGUGCCUUGGAAGACCUGAACUUCCCGUCCAGUUUAGAAGGUAGUACGAUGCUUAUCUUAAACUUUCCAAAAUUUAGGAGUUAAGCUGAAAAUAUUUCAUCACCUUUCUGUCUUCGGGUACCUAUAGUCUUGCCAAUCAAAAUAUUGAUAGGAACUUUCAUUUGAAUCUCCACUAAAAGUACAGUAUCCAAACAUGAAAUGGUAAAUAUGAAUGAUGGAUUAUCCCUGAUAGAUUAGAUACCUGACAGAUACAAGAUUCCUGUCACCUCUGCUGCCAGUGUUGUCCCCAGAGCUGCCACACUAGCUCAUGCUGUUCCGUUCCCCUGAGAACAGCAGUGGUGGGAAGAGGCAAGGCUGAGGAGCGCUGUGGCUGUGGGGGCAGGCAAGGGAAAUGUCUGUCUGAGAAGAGGGAAGCAUGUGCGAACCCGUGGAGGAGGCUGGCGAAGAGGCUGGAGCAGACACUGGGUAGGAAGGCAGCUGGUGACACUGGGCUGAGGUGGGAGGGGCCGGAGAACACUGCAGGCCUGCUUGAUGGUUUCGUGCACAGGAAACAGUGUUGCAGAAGCUGCUCCACUGUCUUUGCACAGGGAGCAGCCAGAAGGUCCUGGUAGGAGGACAGAGGGCUGUCAUGGAAGUUGAAACAGGAUGAGAAAUUGCGGGCAGGGGAUAUAGCUCAGUGGCACAAGUGCCUGCCUGGCAAGUACAACAUCCUGAGUUCGAUUCCUGGUACAAAAACAAAAAACACAAAAAAACCCCCAAAGAAACCAGAAUGAGAAAUUGCGGCUUUCUGCCUGGACUCUCUUUCAGCAAGUGAGUUCAUCAUAGUUCGGUUUGUCUGCAGCACCUCCUUUCUAACAAGAGAGGCUCAUAGUUAUUUCACUCCCACUCUUGGGGAGACUGCUGAGCAGCAGUGAGUAGGUUCCUUGUGUACUUGACAGUUUCAUACGUCAAGAAAAAUUCUUUUGAAAAAGUACUUCUUACAGUUUUACUAACUUUUUUGGCUUUUAUUUGCUUUUGUACAAUCUCAGAGGUCCUGUGGACAUGAAAGAUGAAAGCCUUGACUUUUUCUAGACCGCUUGCUCUAGCAUGCUUCUCAAUUCAAGCUAAAACUUGUAUUUCUGUCUUCUCUUAGCUAAGCCCUGAAAGUUCCACUGUCCCUCUAGAAUCUUUGGUAAUGGGAUUAUUUGCCAGUCACAUAAAGUCUUUGAUAUUUUUGUGAGUGAGGAUUUAGAAAGAGUUCUUAUCUUCUCACUCAACGGAGGUCACAUGCAUGUCCUCUAAAGGCUAGAGAUAGUACAUACUUCAGCACUCAGCUCUGCUGGCACAGCACAGAAGCAGCGUGGACAGCAAUACGCAUGAACGUGGCUGUGUUCAUUAAAGUUUUAUUUACAAAGCAUCCGUGUCCCUGAUUUCCAGCUUUGUAGAGUGGAUACCUAGAAGACAGGUGGGGGUUCAGAUGGGCUCUGCAGUGUCAUCUGUCACUUGGAGGCACCCAGCCCAUCUGGAUGUUGCAUCCUCUCACACCAGUGGCACAGCCAGACAGGGUGCAGUUUGUGGUGUUGAUUCUGUAUCUCUGAGAGCUCACUAAUUUCUGGUUAAUCUUACCAUGUAGUUGCUUCGAAACUUGGAUAAGUGUGUAGAGUGAAGAAUGCAUAAUUCUCGGUUAUUUAUCUUUUCUUUUCUCUCAAAAAUGUAAAUACUGAUACUUGAGUGAUCAGAGGAUGGUUGGAAACUUCCUGUACAUUAGCACGCAGAAUGAGGAAUAUGGUUUGUAUUAUGGAAGCUUUCCCUGAGCUGAAUUCUGUGUGUUGUUAACGUACUGGUAGAGCUGUGAUUCUCCCCCAGGUCCAGCGGUCGGAUCUGUCAGCCCCUACUUUCUCAUGCUUGAGACCAUAAUUCAGUCACUCUGUAGGAUUUCUCUUUAUCAGAGGUGUUUUUGUGUCAUAACCCUUUCCUAUCUUCAGAUCUGGACACAAUAAGUGGUUGGUUAUGAGGACCUCACUAACUAUUUUGUUUACUUUUUAUAUGUGUAAAGCUCUGCAGUAGCUUUGAAACUGUAAUUUAUUUUUCUAUCAAGUGCACUAUAUUCAGUGUGUUCCGGUUUUGUAUAACUUGUAUUAGAAUCACAGCACUAAACUGUGAGUUGUCUAUACACUGAAAUGAGAAGUGUAGAUGUGACCUCAUUCAAAUAAAGCUUUUGUGAGACA